AUAUAUCAUUUUUCAAGGGCUGAAUAGGCACAAGGUGAAAGACCGCGCAAAAGUAAAUGUCAACACAUUUCUCGAAUUUUUAUAAAUACUUGUUCGUCAUUUAAAUGAAACGUGUUGCUAAACAACAACAUCCAUUUCUAGCACGAUAAUUAUUGACAAUUUCAGUUUGAAGUAUGUAGUUAUGAGUUUAGAAAUGAAUUUGAAGCUUUGAAUUUGGAGUAUAGUUUAUACAAAUGAGUGAAUUUCUGGUUAUUCAAGUGGGACAGUGUGGGAAUCAAAUAGGUGGAACGUUAUGGCCGUCAAUAUUACAAGAAUACAGAAUACUUCCUAGUAAUCAUCCCAAAAACAUUAAAACAUCCAUAACAGGAGGAAGUGAUAAAGAAAUGAAGUUCACAUUCAACAGCUUUCUGCACAUCCCUACCAAAAUAAAUCCGUCGAGUCUUCAGUGCUUAAAUUUAUCUGAAUUGCAGGAGAACGACAUAAAAGCAAGGGUCAUAUGUAUCGACAUGGAAGAUAGUGUAGUGUCGAGAUUCUCGAAUUCAGAGUUAGGUUUUCUAUUCGACAAAAGGGGAAUUGUCAAAAACUAUCCAGGAUCAAGUAACAAUUGGGCUGAAGGAUAUUGUACACAUGGUUCAACCUUCAAGAAUAAAAUAUUCAGAAUUGUUACAAAAUAUGUUGAAAGAUGUGAUUCUCUACACGGAAUUUUAUUACUAUAUUCAAUGGGCGGAGGAACCGGAUCAGGUUUGGGCAGUUUUAUAUUGGAACAAUUGGAUGAACAAUUACCGAAUAUAGAAAGAUUCGUGUGCUGCGUCUACCCGAACGGCAGCGAGGACGUGAUCACGGCCCCCUACAACGCGAUGCUGGCCACGCAGCAUCUGAUCCGUCACGCCACGUGCGUCUUUCCCGUGGAGAACAGGGCGCUGCAGGAGGUGUGCGAUAUCAAGAGGCUGGCCGGAUCGAACCCGACGACGGGAUACGGGUCGUCGAUAGCGGGCACCUUCCAGGAUAUGAAUUCGAUAGUGGUGAAAUUGCUGCUGCACGUAACGAGCGGUUCACGGUUUUCAGGACAGCUGAACUUCGACAUGAACGAGAUCAAUACGAACAUGGUGCCGUUUCCGAAGAUGAAAUUUUUGAGUUCCGGCCUCAGUCCGAUCGGAAUUUACGACGCGAAUAACUUGUCGAGUUCCUCAACUAGGGAAAAAAAUUUUUGGAGCGCAUGCAGCAAGAACAAUCAACUACUACAAAUAGAUCCGAUGGACGAUACUAAUUUUUUAAUGGCUAGCAUGCUGUUUGGAAGAGGAGAGUAUACACUGACAGAUAUCAGAAAUUAUGUCAAUAAAUUCCAGAGAAAAGCCCCACUCUUAGAAUGGUCGAAGAAAUGUACCAAAGUCGGCUUAUGUUCAGUACCACCAAUAGAUUCCAAGUUCUCUAUGAUGGCUUUGUUCAACACAUCCUCAACGAAGGAGAUCUUUCGUCAUAUUUCUCAACAAUUUGAAAAAUUAUUGAGGAGGAAGGCUCACGUACACCAUUAUACGAAAGUUCCAGGUUUUGAUUUCGAUUGUUUCUACGAGUGCCAGAAUACCAUUGCAGAUAUUGUCGACGUUUACGAAGAAGCUGGAACUUCAAGCUCGAACAAAGAGAAAAGGAUAUUAUCGAAUAUAAAUUACUGAGAACAUUUGAAAUAAAGAGGUUGAAUUCA